AUACGUACUUACACCACGCAGGUUGCAUCGUUGGGGCUGAAGACGCUUGGAUUGAAUUGAGAUGGGAACCCUAUCCAGCUUCACCUUUAGUCUAACUCCUCCGAACGGUUGCGGUUUCAGAGAAAUGUCGCGGAAUGACCGCGUCAAGUAUCUGCUGUGCGGAGGACUUCUGUCGCGGCGGCGCUGGCGGCGCCGGCGGAGAGGGGAUUUCGGCCGGUGGAAUUUGGUGAUUAGGUCUUGUUAUAAUGGGAAUAGUAGUAAUAAUAAUCGGGACGGAGAUAGCACCGGCGGCGAAAGAGAGGGGAAAGAGAAAUCGACGUUGGCUACGGCGGAGAAGAAAUCGAACGAUAGCGUCGACGAUUCGCGGCCUUCCGUAUCUUCUCGGCCGUCUUCGAUUUCAUCAGUUGGACCUCCUUACAGUACUUUCCAGGUAGACUCUUUUAAGCUGAUGGAAUUGCUAGGACCUGAAAGAGUGGAUUCUACUGAUGUUAAGGUUAUUAAGGACAAGCUUUUUGGCUACUCGACUUUUUGGGUAACUAGAGAAGAACCAUUUGGUGAUCUAGGAGAAGGCAUUCUCUUUCUUGGCAAUCUUCGGGGAAAGAGGGAAGAUGUUUUCGCGAAACUUCAAUCCCAACUAACUGAAAUAAUGGGAGAUAAAUACAACCUAUUCAUGGUGGAGGAACCGAAUUCUGAAGGAGAAGACCCUCGUGGUGGGCCCCGUGUCAGCUUUGGCUUGCUGCGGAAAGAGGUUUCGGAGCCUGGUCAGACAACGCUUUGGCAGUAUGUGAUUGCUUUCAUAUUGUUUCUUCUUACUAUUGGUUCAUCAGUGGAGCUAGGAAUAGCAUCUCAGUUGAAUAGACUUCCUCCGGAGGUUGUUAAGUAUUUUACAGAUCCCAAUGCUGUCGAACCACCCGAUAUGCAGCUCUUGGUUCCCUUUGUGGAAUCUGCUUUGCCUCUGGCUUACGGAGUAUUGGGAGUUCAGUUAUUUCAUGAAGUUGGACAUUUUCUUUCUGCAUUUCCUCGGAAAGUGAAACUGAGCAUUCCUUAUUUUAUACCAAAUAUCACUCUCGGGAGUUUUGGAGCUAUCACUCAGUUCAAAUCUAUUCUGCCUGAUCGAAAAGCGAAAGUAGAUAUCUCCAUCUCUGGUCCAUUUGCUGGAGCUGCCUUGUCGUUCUCCAUGUUCGCCGUCGGCCUUCUCCUUUCUUCAAACCCGACUGUGGCUGGAGAUUUGGUGCAGGUUCCGAGCAUACUUUUUCAGGGCUCGUUGCUUCUUGGUCUGAUCAGCAGAGCCACCUUAGGUUAUACGGCUAUGCAUGCUUCGACUGUUUCUAUUCAUCCCCUUGUGAUUGCCGGCUGGUGUGGGUUAACGACAUCAGCUUUUAAUAUGCUCCCUGUUGGAUGUCUGGACGGAGGGCGAGCCAUGCAGGGAACUUUCGGAAAAAAUGCACUUACUGCCUCCGGUUUGGCAACAUACACCUUGCUCGGCUUAGGCGUGCUCGGCGGACCCUUGUCGCUCCCCUGGGGUUUGUAUGUCCUAAUAUGUCAGAGGACACCGGAGAAACCGUGUCUGAAUGACGUGACGGAGGUAGGGACAUGGCGGAAGGCGGCGUUGACUGCGGCGGUGAUACUGGUGGUGAUGACACUCCUCCCUGUGUGGGAUGAGCUUGCUGAAGAAUUGGGUAUAGGACUCGUUACUUCUUUUUGAUUUUUCUAUUGCCAAUUUUGUCGUCUUUGAAUAAGGUGUUAGAUAUUAUUAACUGUAACUGUGUAUGUUAUAUGAUCGGAAAUUGAAUUACAUAUUAUGGUGGA